AUGAGUGCGUUGGUUGUGUGCGCCCUGCUUCUUUUACAAGUCGUUGCUGGAGAGGCCUGUGCCAGCGGGAAGCUCACUGAGUCGGGACAGUGCUGCAGUCUGUGCCCGGCUGGAUACGAAGUUGUCGUGAAAUGUGGGAAGGAAGAUACCAAGUGCCAACCGUGUCCACAGGGAACAUUCUCGUCUGCUGAAAGCCUGGAGCCCUGCCUGCCCUGCACCAAGUGUCCCUCCAGCGUCCCCACCGUGGGACAGUGCUCCUCCACACAGGACACUCAGUGUGAGUGCGACGCCGGCUUCUUCCUGCUGCGGAGCUAUGGCCUGUGUGUGCCCUGCUCUCGUUGCUCGCCAGGGCAGGGGGUGCUGCGGGAGUGCGGGCUCCUGGGGGACACAGGGUGCGGGCUGUGUGGAGCGGGCACCUUCACCGAGGACCAGAGCGGAACCAAACCCUGUCAGAACUGCACCCCCUGCUCCCCCAGCGAGGUGGAGAUCCGUAGCUGCUUCCCCAUCUCUGACACUCUGUGCAUGGACAGAGAGUUGCACAUCAUAUCGCGCCCUGACGGAGAGGAUACGUGGAAGGGUAAUGUGAAUGAAGUGAUAGAGGAGGAGGUCAGCCCCUCCCCUUCGCCUAAGUUCACCCCACAGGAGGAGAGCACCAGCAGCAACAACAUCCUGGCGUAUGUGUCCGUGCUGGCCGCCGUGGUCCUGGGGCUGCUGGUCUACGUGGCUAUCAAGUGCUGGAGGUCGUGUAAGCAGAAGAAGGCUCUGACCAAAGCUCGGGCUGCGGAGGUCGGGACGUCCACAGAGACAGAGAAACUGCAGAGCGACAGUGGCGUGUUUCUGGACUCACACAGCAUCAUGGACAACCAGCCCAGCAAAGGCACAAAGCGCGACAGCAAACUAGACAACCGCCUGUACGUGAACCUGCCUCCACACCGCCAGGGGGAGCUGGAGGGCUUGCUGCAGGAGGGAGUGCGAGGCUGGAGGGAGCUCGGGGGGGUCCUGGGCUACGACGCCGAUCAGCUGGACAUGUUUGGAAGAGGAGAAGCCCCGGCCCACACGCUUCUGUCCAACUGGGCCCAACGAGAAGCCUCCACGCUGGGCCACCUGAGCUCCGCGCUGAGCCGCAUCGACCGGGCGGAUGUGGUGGCCGCGCUGAUGUCGCCUGCGCAGGGAGUUUCAGUGGUCUAA